AUUUUCCCCCAGUUUUCGACCUAAAUAUGACACCAUGUCAUAAAGUUUAUGAGCCCCGUUCAUAGUCCAAUUAACUGACUUUAAACAGUGUCUGAAGAAUAUUCGCUAUUUAUAUCCGCGAAGAUUUCUCAAGUCGUACAUUUUUUUUUCUUGAUCGUAAUAUGGGAAGCAAAAACCCAAAAGAUCAUCUUUUGUCAACGCUUUCACCUAUAUUCAAUACGUACAUGAAGUCCUUAAAGUGUUGACGAUGUGUUACACAACUUUUGCAUCAAAGGAAACUCCCAGAGCCGGAGGCAAUAUCUUUUCUUCUGUACCUAACUGAGCGCAGACCGCCUUUUGAAAAACAGAUACGAACAGAGUUGUCGGACACAACUCAAUCAAUAUAGAUUGCGCCAGCGAAAAGCACAGACAGGUAGAAGGGUCAUCUUUUUGUUUACGCGAGGAAUCACUUCAAUCUUGCCGAAGUGUCACCUAGAUAAUUUCACCGAUUCAUCGACGGCGCGCGUGACAACCGUUGUCGUACCUUUCAGGAUCUGUUCUUCUUGUAGAAGACACCGAAAUCAUUUAAAGUGUCCAUCGUAAGUUUCAUUGGAUUACUUUUGAUGAAGGGGCACCUUCUUUCGCUCAAGGGAGUUAUUGAUUCUGUUGGUCCGUUGAAAAUCAUUUUAUUGAACUUUGAAGCAGGAUUUCGUUGACUUUGUUCUCGGUUCAGUACAAAGUUAGUAUAUCAGCAGAGGAUGACGACCGGGGAUGGCGAUUGAUACGGUUCACUGAAACUCGCUACACGCAAAGGUUGCCGAACUCGAGCAGUUCUGGACGAUCCUAUCUGAUGUCCUCAAAAUUCAAUCUGUUAUAGCUGAAGAGGAUGUGACCUACUGCUAACAUGGAAUCAUUUUAAAAUCAUUGAUCAUUUUAAUCUGAUAGGAAAGGAUUAAUCACCCCAAUUCAUUUGAGUAUUUUAAGAGAAAUUUGCUUGACUCAGGGCUAUGCCGUCUCCAGGCGCUCUGGCGUAACUAUGUCUGCUGAUAAACCUGAAACCACAAAAUAUGGAUUUUUUUUCUUUGCAUAAUUCACAGGACGGAAACAUUGCCUAACCAUGAACUGAAAGGUCUCCCUGUGAGGGUGCAGGCUUUGUAAGAAGAAUUCUAUAAAAACAUUUAGGUCCAAAACUUUUUCAUGUCUGAUAUUCAUCAUUGGAAACGAGUCGUAUACUAGAAAUGAUGUCUUCGCUUAGUGAUAGUGAAAAUAUAUCCCGGACUAUUGUGUCAGGAGUGGGAUUAUUUCAUGUGUAUCACUAUCCACCGUUUCACACUUUGGAAUAUAUAGGUUUAUGAGAGAUGUUACCAUGACUACGCAAAGCUGGAUCCACAACGGAUUGGCCUCCCGCGCUGCAGACCGCCACUCCUUCAGUGGUUUCUCGUCUCCACAACUCACUCGAAGUCAGACUCGCCCCGACGUCGGCGCCCGCGAGCUCGGCUUGACGAGAUCCCACACGGUGGGCGAGCUCCGGACACCGAAGAUCAACCUCACCGGCGUGACGGGCGAACGACCUCGACCGGAGCUCACGAGAGCGUCUUCCUGGUGCGCGAUGCCGAACGUCUCCUCUCGCUCGAUGUCGCGGCUUUCUUCCAGUUCGACGUCGAGUCUGCCGAUGAUUUCUGCUAGUUCACCGAGGCAAGCUGAUGCCCUCGUCAGUGCGUCUUGUGAGGGUCUGGUGCAACGUGUCUCGGCUCUUCGCAGCUUGGCGAAUAAUCCAAGAUUAAAGGUGAGAAUCGUCAACGGAUCACCCAAAAUAUCGCCCCGCCUCAAUUCGAUCACAUCGGGACGGGAAUCGACCACAUCUCAGAAAAGACCUCACCGAGAAUCAACCCGAGAAGUCGUGGUUGAGAUUUCAAAAUAUGGUUACCAUUCUCGCAGCAACUCGCCCACCUACCGCCGGCUCAUCAACGCGAAGGAGCAACUCGACGUCGCGCUAUGCAAGAAAUUGCGCUCGGUCAGACAGCAACUUGACGGACAGACAGCCCGCGAAAACUCCGCCAUGGACGAGGGACUUCGGUUGAAAAUUGACGAGCGGGGAUCGGAGGAUUGGUAUAAAGACAUGGUGAAAAGAGAAUUGGAAAAUGACGAAACUUCGGAAGUUAUCGAGAGUAUGACGAUUGCCAACAGCGAACCCCUUGCCACAUUUGAAGCGUUGGAUUUGACGAAUCCGCGUCCCCACGUCGAUCUCGACUUCGAUAUUCGAUACAUUCAGGCUCGCAUCAACGAUUGGGAUGUUUUGAACAUCAACGUCGAGGAGGAAGAGAAGAAAAUAGAGGAAAGGCGAGAUAAGGAGAAGCGCAGACGACGCGCACCGUCGCAUUCUCCGACACACUUCCGACGAACCUGCGAAGCGUGUUGCGUGGACGGUGCGCAUGAAAAGAACAAACAGCGUGUGGACUUCCUACGUACGAACAAAUCGCGCAGGGUUAAGUUCCGCAGACGACAGAAGAACAAUAGUGACGAUAGCUAUGAUAACGAUAGUGAUAUCGAACCCCCUAUGAUGAUGGAUGAACCCGCCAUAACCCAGGCGGAUGUUUUACCGCCGCCAUCUCCACCGCCUCCUGCAAAACCAGUCAAAACUAAGAAAACCGUCAAGAAAGAAAGACCAAAGUCGUCGAAAUCGACAAAAUCAAAGACUUCAAGUAAAGCGCCCUCUGUGGCCGAACCGGAGGAAGCGGUAGAAAUCGAACCCGAAAACCGGUUACCGUUGUUACCGCCUUCGUUACCGCCAGCAUCACCUCGUCCGGAUAACCGAUCAAUAUCCGUUUCUAGCGAUCGAGAAUCGCCUGUUACCAUAGUGACGAAACCACAAACACCACCACCACCGCCGCCGGAAGAGGAAAAACCGAAACUGACUGACAAGGAGAAGUUCCUGAUGAUGAGGAAACGAAUGGAAGAGAGACAGAGAGAGAAAUCGGAGAAGAGGGAAAAUUUUGUUGAUUACUCUAUGAUCGCAUUCCAUGGUACACGUAAGGAGAGAGCUGGGAGGGGUCAGAAAGGGUUAGGCAAGACACUCUCAAACAGACUGGAGAGUAUGGCGUCUUUUAAAUCGAAACAAUCAGAUCAAGGAGAUGGUAAAAGGGAAAGUUUGAUGUCGAUGUUGGGGAGUGAUUACGACGAUGAUGACGACGAUGACGAAGAUGAUGACGAUGAUGAUGAUGAGGAUAAUGAUGAGGAAUAACCUAUAUAUUCUUUGAACAUAUGGGCGAGUGUACUAGCAAUUUUACCCUAAAUCAAUCGAUGGGCUUAUUUUGAAUUGGUCUAAUGCCAAUUCGCCCAAUUGCCAACUCGUCUACUAUCAUUUGGUCUACCAUCAGUUCGUCCAAUAUC